AUGCUGCUGCCCAGCUGCUUGCUCCUCUCCGGCCUCCUCCUCUGUGCCGCAGACCCGUUUUUGCUGGAGGCCCAGAGGAUCAUGAGCACGACCCCUGCCAUUGAUGGGCACAACGACUUACCCUGGCAGAUGCUCAGCAGGUUCAACAACGAGCUCUCCUUGCCGGCAGCUAAUCUGUCUCAGCUCCAAGGCACCCACACCAACCUCCCCAAGCUGAAGAUGGGACAUGUGGGGGCACAGUUCUGGGCCGCCUACGUGCCCUGCGAGACCCAGUACAAGGAUGCCGUGAAGCGGACCCUGGAACAGAUUGAUGUUAUCCAUCGGAUGUGUCUUCAGUACCCGGAAGCCUUGACGUGCGUCACCAACAGUGCCGGGAUCGAGGAAGCCUUCCACACGGGCCACGUGGCCAGCCUGAUUGGCGUGGAGGGCGGGCACUCCAUCGACAGCAGCUUGGGCGUCCUGCGCACCUUCUACCAGUUGGGGGUCCGCUAUAUGACCCUCACGCACAGCUGCAACACCCCCUGGGCUGACAACUGGCUGGUGGACACAGCGGCAGAGGAGCCAGUGCACCACGGGCUCUCCAGCUUUGGGAAGCGCGUGGUUAAGGAGAUGAACCGUUUGGGCAUGAUGGUCGACCUGGCUCACGUCUCGGUGGAGACCAUGAACGAUGCCCUGAGCGUCUCCAGAGCACCAGUGAUCUUCAGUCACUCCUCUGCCUACGCCAUCUGCCCCAGCCGACGCAACGUGCCCGACGACGUGCUCCUCCGAGUGGUGAAGACCCGCGGCCUCGUGAUGGUCAACUUCUACAAUGACUACGUGUCCUGCAGCUCUAAGGCCACCCUCGCUCAGGUGGCGGACCACAUGGACCACGUCAAGCGGGUCGCUGGGGCCGAGGCUGUCGGACUCGGAGGAGACUACGAUGGCGUUGGCAGAGUUCCGGUUGGCUUGGAGGAUGUCUCCAAGUACCCAGACUUGGUUGCAGAGCUGCUGCGGAGGAACUGGACGGAGAACGAAGUGAGGAGCGCCCUGGCAGGCAACUUGUUGCGCGUGUUCCGGGAAGUGGAGCAGGUGCGGGACAGGAUGUCUCUGGAAGCUGCCGUACCUGACGACGUGCCCAUUGCAUUUGAGGAGCUGCAGGGGUUGUGCCGAACCCGCUACGGGUACUCUGCCAGUGCCAGUGCUGACCAAAGCUGCUAG